CACAUACACACACACACAAAAAAACUUAAAUCUUUCUUUGAUGAUGAUGAUCACAAAAAGCAGAAAGUGGGUAACACUGUAUCAAUGUAUGUGUUUAUUAAGCAUGAUCAUUGUGUUAUUUGACGUAGUCAUGAGUAGUAGUGACGAUGCUAAGGAGCAAAAGAUGAGGGACAAGAUCUUCUCUUUACCAGGCCAACCUACUAACCUCAACUUCUCUCAAUUCUCUGGCUACGUUACUGUUGAUUCAGCGGCCGGACGAGCUCUAUUUUACUGGCUAGCCAAGGCCACUAAGCCCAGUGGCACCAAGCCCCUGGUCCUAUGGCUCAAUGGUGGUCCUGGAUGCUCAUCCAUUGCCUACGGUGCAUCCGAGGAGGUUGGUCCAUUUCGGGUUAAUCCAGAUGGAAAGACUCUUCGUCUAAAUCCCUAUGCCUGGAACAAAGAGGCAAAUCUGUUGUUUUUGGAUUCACCGGCGGGGGUUGGUUUCUCUUACACAAACACUUCGUCAGACGAACUAACCGUGGGAGACAAGAGGACAGGAGAGGAUGCAUACAGAUUCUUGGUGAGAUGGAUGGAUAGGUUCCCUGAGUAUAAAGGAAGGCCUUUUUACAUCGCCGGCGAGAGCUACGCCGGACAUUAUAUUCCGCAGCUAGCUCAAUUGAUUGUCAACCGUAACAAGGGUACCAAUAAACCCAUUAUCAAUCUAAAAGGGAUCCUGAUGGGGAAUCCUCUGGUGGAUGAUUACAAUGACAACAAAGGGAUGCAUGAGUACUGGUGGAACCAUGGGCUCAUAUCGGACGAAAGCUACUUUGAACUGACUAAAUGGUGCCUCAAUGACACCAUCCUCUUUCCCAAACCAAACUGCGACAAUGCACUUAACCAAGCCUUCUCUGAGUUUGGUGACAUCGAUCCUUACAACAUCAAUCGCCCUGCAUGCACCAAAGGCUCGUCAUCUAAUGAGUGGAGGCAAGCCUGGCGGUAUAGAGGGAACGAUGAGUGCGUUGUGGGAUACACACGCAAGUAUAUGAACGAUCCCUAUGUGCACAAAGCCUUCCAUGCCCGCCUUAACCGUACUUCUUGGACCCCUUGUAGUCGUGUGAUAAGAAAGAAUUGGAAAGACUCACCCAAAUCUAUGCUUCCCAUCAUUAAAGAGCUUCUUCAAGCUCAUCUCCGCAUUUGGAUCUUCAGUGGGGACUCAGACGGAGUGCUGCCACUAAGUGGGACGAGGCAUUCGAUAAAUGCGAUGAAAUUGAAGACCAGCAAAAGGUGGUAUCCAUGGUACCACUCACACGGCCUAGUGGGAGGGUGGAGCCAGGUUUACGAGGGUGGCUUGCUAACAUACGCAACGGUUAGAGCCGCGGGGCAUGAGGUGCCAUUGUCACAGCCUCGUCUAGCUUUUUUCCUCUUCUCACAUUUCCUAGCCAACCAUUCACUUCCCUCUGCUUCUUCUUGAUUACUUCUUCCUUACUUCUCUCUUUCUUCACCACUUUAGUGAAUUUUUAAUUUUCUUCUUUGUUUCUAUUUCAUUGUAUUGCACGUAGAGAUAUAUAUAAUUGGGCCUCAUGGCUGUUUUAGCCCUUGUGUUUGGAGUUCCCACGUUAGCUCAUCUUUCAUGUAUAUAAAAGAUGUUAUAUGUGAAUGAUUUGUGUGCAGUUAUUUGAACUUAUGGAAGGCG